AGCCAGCAGAAACACACAUCGAGUGGUUGUGGCGCGGCCCCGGUGUGUACUCUACUGUGUGUUGUGUCGCCACGUGGUUAUAUUCAAACAAAUAAUAAUAAUAAUAAUAAUAUAUAUUAUAUAUUAUAUAUAUAUAUAUAUAUAUAUAUCUAUAUCUAUAUAUUUGUGUGGGUGAAAUAGUGUGCGUGGUCAUAUAGGGCCUCUUCAAAAUGGCAGACAGGCGGCCCGCGGAGGAAGCCGCGGCCACCGACCUGAGUGACGAUAGUCGCGUGCUCCGUGAACGACACAAAAAACGCGUGGUAGAAAAUAAUAAAAUUACGACGAUCAUGACGACGACAGUGAUGACAAAUUGUUCAAGUAGCAAUAAUAAUAAUAAUAAUAAUAAUAAUAACAGUGGUGAAGGUGGUGGUGAUUAUUGUAGUAGUAAUAGCAGUAGUAGUAGUAGUUGUGGUGAUGCUGGUGAUUCAAUGUCGGUUUUAUUUGAUGUAAAUAAUCAUCGGUAUCAUUACAAUAAUUCACGAUGUAUUGUUGGUACAACGCAAUGCAAUAAUAGUGAUAACGAUAGUGAUUUUCAUAAUAAUCAUAAUAAUAAUCAGAGUAAUAAAAAUUGUGAGUUGAUUAAAAAAUUUGUUACUAGUAAAAGUGAUAUGUAUGAAAAUAGUGAUGAGGAAGAGGAAGAUGAUGAUGAUGGUGAUGAAGAGGAUGAUGAUGAUGAUGAUGAUGAGCAGGAAGAGGAGUAUGAUGAUGAGGAUAUUGUACGUAAGAAUAAUAUCGAGUGUGAAAAAAUAAACAAGGCGACGAUGCUGAAAAAAUUGUCUGGGAAAGCAACACAAGGUGAUAAAUUAAUGCAGGAGGAACGUAAGAGAAAUAUGGUUUUGGAUUUGGAGCGACGUGUGACUGAUGAAAAUUGUAUGGAGGAUAUUGUGGUUUUGAGAGAAUUUGGAGCAUCUGGUGAUUGUAAAGCAGAUGGCAAUAGAGAUUCGAAUUCGACAUCAUCGUUGACGAUGGUGGUCGAUGCUGCUGCGGCUGCUGUUGCAGUUUCAGCGAUUCCUGAGACUGUUAAAGACUUGCAUCAACUCAAGCUUAAUAAUCAGAGUCAGCAGCAACAGACGAAAAAAUCGUUGCCGAGUGAGGUUGUUGCUAGGUUCGGCUCUUUUAAGGGACAGAUCAGACCCGCUGAAGACACCCUUGUUGGACCCUGCGGCAAGAAGCGAUGCGCCGAUCGAUACGACAGUUCUGAGAGCUCCGACAGUGGUGUCGCAGUAUCAUGUGGAGAAUGCAGCAGCAGUGGUACGAGCGAUAUAACCGAACCAGGAUCACCGUGCAGCACAAGUAGUGACGAAGGUGUUGCGAUUAAUGGUAAAGCGAGUCCACUGCCAUCACUGACCAAACUGGCACCGCAGAGUUCGACUCUGUUAAAUGGGACCAGGCCCCAGUGGCCCUGGACCCCGCCACUUGCAGCCACUGCCUGCUCAACCUUCAAAAGACUCAAUAGUGAACCCGAAGUAGGAACACUGCCAAAAGUUGCUGCCGCUGAUCCAAUAGUACGCAGCACUAAGACCUCUAAUAAACUUCAAAAUAAUCAACAUCAUCAACACGAAUCGCAGGGAAAGAUAACUGAGUACUUUAAGACUCAGAUAAAACCACAGCAAUUUAAAUCGAAGAAAAAUUCAUCAGACAUGUCUGUAAUGGUAGCAAAAAAUUCUCCGGAAUUCCGUCGACCUCUCACAGUCCAACGUAAUAAAGGAGGCAUAGCAAAGUACCUGGGUGUGGUUACGCCGAACAGUAGAUCUGUCGUUAAUGACUGGGAUGUUAAAUCAAUUUCAAUUUCGUCAUCACAGUCGGCAAACAAAAAAUUAUCAUCAGUAACACCAAGAGUCAGUGUAAUGAAAUUAGACAAAAUUUUUGUUAACAAAACAUUACCCAGCUUGCCAAUAUCAAGCGACGUACUGUCGAGUAUUCCUGGACGUAAGAUAUCGUCACUAAGACUGACCGGAGAAGCGAGUCCUAAACCUAGUGGAGAAUCACCACCUUCUACACCAACACCGACUUUGGAAGCCAGUGAAUUAAACGUUGACUUUGAUAAAAAAAUUUCAAAACCAAUAGUCAAUGAUAACAACAAAAAUUUAACCAGUACAUGUACUAAUAUUAAUAAUAAUUGUAACAACAAUAAUAAUAAUUGUAGUAACAAUAACAAUAACAACAAUACCAACAACAACAACAAUAAUAAUAGUAAUCAAGGACUCAGUUUUUUGCGAUUCUCGCAGUCCGGUUUAUUUGGAACUAGAGAAAGUAAAGUUGAACCGGCUACUGUCAGUUCAAUGAAAGAGGACGAUGAUGAAGAAGAAGAGGAAGAAGAAGAUUCCUCGAGAAGUAGUGAAUCGAAACCUUCGAGCUCACCGAUUCUUUCCACGCCGACUACCAUAAGAUUUCCAGCCCGAGUACCGACCAAAAAUGGGGCGCGAGCUACCGACAGCGGAAUCUGUAGAUGGGACAAGUGCGAGGCCAACUUUGAAUGCAGCAGCGCUUUCUUUGAACACUUACAAACGGCGCACAUCAACACACAAACUGGCGGAGAUAAUUUUGUUUGCAAUUGGCAGGGUUGUAAAGUUCAAGGCAGAACUUCCUGUUCAAGAAGAUGGUUAGAGAGGCAUGUUCUUUCUCAUGGUGGGAAUAAACCGUUUAGGUGCAUCGUCGACGGAUGCGGCAACAGAUUUAGCUCACAGAUAGCUUUAGAGAGACACGUUAACAACCAUUUCAAUCAAUUCGAAACAACCAGCAACAGCAGCAGACGAAGUUGUGAAAAUGGCGGUAAAUUAGUUCGUAGAAAUGGAAAGAAAUUGAGAUACAGGAGGCAGCCGUGGUCAGCGAGGUUAUUUGAUUACUUUGACACCGGAGUGAUGGAGGGCCUUCAACAUAGAUUAUUAGAAUUAGCCAAGUCAAGAACUCAAGGUCAGCUGGCGAGCACACCUGGAAACUCAAUGGCCCUAACUAGUCAAGUCUUAGCUAAGAGAGUCGAAACAGAUGGAAAAACUAAAGUGUUGUUGCGUUGGUACCCCGAAGACAUAACGCCAGACGAAUGGGUCCUCGAGUCUGAGGUAAUAAGCAAAAAACACAUAGACAUACGUAAAGCAGCAACUACCUCUAUAGACGAGGUAAGUUACGUUUUAUAUCCCGCCGUACAAGGAGGAACGCCACCUGUAACACGAGUAAAACAGCGCCGAAAACCGGUUAAAAAUUCGUGAUAAUCAAAUAAAUUUAUAAAUCAAUAAAUAUAUAUACACUCAUAUAUAUACAUAUACAUAAAUCUAUAUAUAUAUAAGAAGAAAAAAAAUGUCUCACGCCUUACGCUAGAGCUAAGACACAUCACGUAUAGAGAAGCUAAAAAAAUUAAUUUAUGACUGAGUGACAAAUAUUUUUUUUUUAAUUUCAUUUAUCAUGAUGACUCAUAACUGCCAGAUUAAUUUGCAUUCGACCAAUAAUGCGAAUUAAUAAUAAUAUAUAUAUAUAUUAUAUAUAUAUAACAAAACAAAUAAAUUAAUGAAAAACUGCUGAGGAACAUCAGUGGAACACACAGUGGAGUAAAUGGAAGAAAACAUCUAUUUGGCUGAUAAUUAAAAUAAAAUCUAUCACGAAUUAGCGACAUCGACUUUUGAAAUUAUGAUUUAAAUCAAGAAGAAGAGGAAGAAGAAGAAAAAGAAGAAUCAUAAAAAUGAAGAUUAAAUUAACCUGAUUAUGUUUUAAAUCUCAUAUUCUAAAUGUCUAAUGGCAAUUACAUUAGCACUCUAGGGUCCUAACUUAUAUAAUUAUUAUAUAAAUUUGGCCUGUAAAUAAUUAUGUGAGAUUGAGUGAUAAUUAAUCAAUGUAAUAGUUAAAAUAAUUUGAUAAAUAUGUAAUUUAAAUCGCCUUUAAUCAUUGAUUAAAAUUAUAUGUUUAAUCUGUGAUUUAAUCCAUAGCCACAGGUAAGUCUAGAAGUGUUGUAUUUGGUCCGAAUAAGUGCCUCGCUGUUGGAUCGUAAAGGUCGUUAGUAUAACUGUCUGUUUAAUAAAGUACGUGGGCAGUAUAAAGAAAAAAAAUGGUUAUUAAAAAUAAUAUUUAAUGAAAUAAAUAAAUAAAGAAAGAAUGAAUGAACAAAAGUGCUGCUGAAUUUGUUUAAAUUAUACCAAUAAUUAAAUGUUAAUAAUUAGCAUAUAAUUAUAGUACACAAACAAAAUAAUCACUCUGGUGGCCUUAUGUACCAUUUGUUAUUCAAAAAAAAAUAAUGCUAAUAAUAAUAAUGAUCUUAGACACUUCUAGACUUACCUAAUUUUUGUCACUAAUUGAGAGGAUUUAUUUUAAAAUUCACUCAGUUUUUACAAAAAUUAAUCAUCUAGGAUUUUUUAAUUUAAUUAAUUAAAUUAUGCAGAUUAAAACACAAGUCGUUAAUAUUUGACGAAAAAAAAAAAAUGGAAAAAUUGAAACUAUGGUUGAGGCUGAUUACUGCGAUUUUUUUUAAUUUAAAUUAUUAAUUUUGUGAAGAUUUCUACUCCAUUAGUGUUCUCUGAUAUUUAUUUAAUUUUUAUUUUUAAAAAGUCGUACAGCAUAACACAACAGGUAUUUGAUUAUAAUUAAUAUUUAAAUUAUUUUUUAUAUAUUUUUAAGUUAGACAGAAAAUAAUAAUUUCUUGGCGCGAGAAAAAUUUUCAUUAUGAAAUGAAAAUUAAAAUUUUAUUGACUAGAAAAAUUUCUGGGCACAAGAAAUUUUUUUUUUGGCUUAAAAAAAUUGUUUCAAAUUUAUAAUACGAUCAGUUUCUUAAAGCAAAUAAAAAUUUUCUUGGGGCGAGUAAAAAUUUUUUGCUUCAAGAAAAUUUUUCUUGGCUCAAGAAAAAUUUUUAUUCUAUAGAAAAUUUUCGUUUUCAAUUUAUAAUGCAGACAGUCUC